UACCGUGCACAAGCUUGUGUAUUUGUACAGUGUGUGCGUAUAUUUGCAAUUUUGUUUGGUGAGAUACGCCUCAUAUAUAAAUUUUGUAAUAUUUUAAAUUUAAAAAUAUUGUAAAUUUGUAUAAAUACACUGUCCGUUCUCUUGUCUCUCUCGUCUCUGUCGAUCCGUGCAUUCGUUCACGUUUCUCGCUACUAUUUGCACACACAAGGAUUAACAAAAGUUGUACUAUACAUAUAUUAAAUAAGAGCAGUGGCGACUUAAAUAAGGUUAAAUUUGACACUAUAGAUUUAACAGGGUAACGAGAGUUUAAAAAAAAAAACUAUACUUCUCAGUGCGUGUGUGAAAAGAAUAUGGAACAAUCGGAGAAAAUGAUACGUGACCUUGAGGGGCAAGCUGCUCGGCUGACUAACACGCGAGAUUUUAUCGCAUGGGAGCAGCGUUGCGAUGAGUUUAUCGAGUCGGUGAAUGAACGAAGUCGAAGUAAACGUCCGCGAUUAACGACCGGUGCGAAACAAUCAUUGAUCGCAUAUAUCACGCGAGCCGAAAAUUUGAAAGAAAGUUUGCGCGAACGAUUCGUGCAUGUAAACCGCGCCGAAUACAGUGCGGGACUCAGGUGGCUGGAAAUAGAUACUGCAUUCAAAAGUCGUAUACUAACCGGCGCCGUUAUAAAUUCAAAAUAUAUCGAACCUCUUUGGUUUCUCGAGGAUGCGCAAGAAAUUGUUCUCAAGCAUGUGCGACAGAUUAUGGAGAUGCAUAAUAGCAUCAAGAUAAACACCGCGUUUAACGGUGAAUUUGUAGCAGGUGACAAACGUGCUAAUAAAAGUAUUACCACGAGUAACAAGGAACUUUAUCAAUGCACUAAUUUACAAGAGUGGUACAAAUUGCACAUUAUCGAGCUUAUCUUAGCGUCGCUGGAUGAAUUCGAGGAACGCGAUAGCGGAUGGACCUUGUCACGUAUACUGAAUUUAACAGUUAACGUGAACAAGCACAAUCCUUUGCACGCGGGAUGCAACAUCGAGUUGCCGCGAGAAAUUAUGUUGAAAAAAGCAGUGGUCAAUGUGAAAUCCGAGGACAAUGCAUGUUUCGCGAGGUCCGUAGUAGCCGCUCUGCACCCGGCUAAAAGUCACACGGAACGGGAAUCAUCGUAUCCUCUUUAUUCAACAGUAUUGAACUUGAAUGGCAUCGAGUUCCCAAUGACGUUGAAUCAAAUAGAGAAAUUCGAAGAGCUCAACACAAUCUCAAUCAACGUGUUUAGCGUGAUCGACAAUAACGAGAACGAGAAGAAAGGACUCUCGAUCCGACACACUCGACUCACGGAAAAAAAGAAGGAGAAGCAUGUAAAUCUGCUAUAUCUACAGGACAAUAAUAAUGAGGGUCAUUUCGUGUGGAUAAAAAAUCUGUCCCGCCUCUUGAGUCAACAAGUGAACAAGACAAAGAAUAAGAAAUUCUUUUGCGAUAGAUGUUUGCACUACUUUAAUAGGAGCGAAAAGUUGGAGGCUCACGUUAUAGACUGCCAAGAAAGAAACGACUGUGCCAUCAAAUUACCUAGCGAGAACGACAAGUGGCUGAGUUUCAAAAAUUACAAUCGAAAAGAACGAAUGCCCUAUGUCGUGUACGCCGACCUUGAGUGUACCCUGAAGAAGAUGGAGAAGGAGGAGGAGGAGGAUUUGAAAAAGCUUAGCUUUCAGCAUCAUCAUAAGGUGUUCAGCAUUGGAUACUAUGUACACUGCGCGUACAAUGAAUCGUUAUCCAUUUCGUAUCAAUUUCGUCGCGGUGAGAACUGCGUCACGUGGUUCGUCGAGCAACUUGAAAAUUUAGCGCAUAAAGUAAAGUCUGCUCUGUCCGCUAAUGUUCCCAUGGCAAAUUUGACGCGAGACGAUUGGGUAAAAUUUAACAGCGCUACAGACUGCCACGUGUGCGAAAAACCGUUCGCGCCUGACGAUUCGCGAGUACGCGAUCAUUGCCAUUUGACCGGGCGUUUCAGAGGUCCCGCACAUUCAAACUGCAAUCUAAAUUACAAAGAUUCGCAUUGCAUUCCCGUAGUUUUCCACAAUUUAUCCGGUUACGACUCGCAUUUUAUUAUCAAAGAAAUAGCUACAAUGUUCGCUGGAGACGUAUAUUUACUUCCGAUUACAAAAGAAAAGUAUAUUUCGUUUACUAAAUAUGUUAAUAGCACCGAAGAGACGGAAAAUAAUCGAAAAAUUUGCAUACAAUUGCGAUUCAUCGAUUCUUAUAAAUUUCUCAGUGGCAGUCUCGAAGAAUUGGCGUCUUAUCUCGACAAAGAAAAACUACGAAUAAUGCAGCGCGAAUAUCCCAAUUUAGCCACAGAAGAUUUUGAUUUACUAAAGCGAAAAGGAGUCUUUCCGUACGAAUACAUUGACUGCGUUGAAAAGUUGAAGGAGACACGUUUACCGCCGCGGGAAUCGUUUUACAGUUCGCUGACAGACGACACUGUAUCCGAGAGCGAUUACGCGCACGCUGUCAACGUAUGGCAGCGGUUCUCCAUCCAAACACUCGGCGAGUACAGUGAUCUGUACUUGAAAACUGACGUCUUGUUGCUGGCCGAUAUAUUUGAAAACUUUCGUGACAGCUGCAUCGCGAGUUACGGACUCGAUCCCGCGUACUAUUACACUUUACCCGGUUUUACGUGGGACGCGAUGCUGAAACACACUCGCAUCAAUUUCGAACUGCUCACGGACAUUGACAUGGUCAUGUUCGUCGAACGCGGUACACGCGGUGGUCUCAGUCAGUGUUCCAACAGACACGCGCGGGCCAACAACAAGUACAUGCGGUCAUACGAUUCAUCGAAACCGUCGUCGUACUUGAUGUAUUUCGAUGUAAACAAUUUGUAUGGUUGGGCAAUGUGUCAACCAUUGCCGUACAGAGAUUUCGAAUGGGUCAUCGACAUAACCAAUUUUAAUGUUAUGGAUGUUGCGUUAGAUUCUUCGAAUGGUUACAUUCUCGAGGUGGAGCUGGAGUAUCCUCAAUCUCUUCACGACGCGCACACGGACCUACCGUUCUGCCCGACGCGCGAUAAACCGCCCGGCAAGCGGCAAGAGAAGCUCCUCGCGACUCUGUACGAUAAGAAACGUUACGUCAUUCAUUAUCGCAAUUUGCAGCAAUGUAUUCGCCAUGGUCUCCGUAUUACAAAAAUUCAUCGCGUAUUGCAAUUUGCGCAAUCUCCCUGGCUUCGUGAUUAUAUUGAACAAAAUACGAAAUUUAGAGUAUCGGCGAAUAACGAAUUCGAGAAGAAUUUGUACAAAUUAAUGAAUAACGCGGUAUUUGGCAAAACCAUAGAGAAUGUGCGCAAUCGCGUCGAUGUGCGGCUCAAAACGGAAUGGGAGGGCAGAUAUGGCGUGGAGGCGUUGAUCGCGAAACCGAAUUUCCACAGCCGAAGCGUCUUCUCGGAGAAUCUGGUUGCGAUUGAAAUGCGCAAGCUCGAGGUGAAGUUCGACAAGCCAAUUUACGUGGGUAUGUGUAUCCUUGAUAUAUCUAAAACACGUUUGUACGAAUUUCAUCACGAGUACAUGACACCGCUGUUGAAAACUGACUUUGAAAAAUGUAAAGUCAUGUAUACCGAUACGGAUAGUCUUAUAUAUCACAUCGAGUGCGACGAUAUGUACGACAUCAUAAAGCGCGACAUUCGUUUACAGCGCUACAGACUGCCACGUGUGCGAAAAACCGUUCGCGCCUGA